UGAAUGAAGGGCAGGGCUCAUGAUUAACUACCUUUUUAGUUUUUCUUUCUGCUUCUUCUUCUUCUUCUGCUGCUGCUGCUGCUGCUUUGGUUCACCUCAAGAGUCUCUUUGCCCUUCUCUUCCAAAUUAAACCUCAAUCAAAAGCUUUAGUCCAAGCAUAUACUUCUUCUUCUUCUGAGGCUGCUCUCCUGUAUUUGUAGCAAGAUGGCUGUUACUUCAUACGGUAGACAGCAUAAAGCUAGGAUACAUGUGGGACCCCUCAACGUCACAGUUUGAGAGCAGGAUAUAUUAUUGCUAGCUGAUGAGGUGGGGUCUCAUUCACGUGAAUCCAUAACUUGGAACCUACAUCAUUGUCAUUUUUGUGUUGAGAUGAACACUUUUUAUAUAUGACAAGUGAAUCAGUCAAAGAGGAUCAGAAAAUUGAAUGUUUUAUUUAUCUUGAGAUCUGCCAAAGGUUAUUAUAGAAGGAUGGUGUUUCUUCAAUCCCCAUAUUUAUAGAAACCCAUGAGUAAUGGGGAUCUUCAUAAUUGCAGCACAAGGUUGUUGGUCAUGGCAAUUCAAAGAAUGAUCAAUUUUCAUGUACCCCAUCCAUCUUUCAAGUUACCCUGCAGAGUUCAUAACUAGCAGUGGAGACAUGGGAAGUCUUGGUAGUUAUUGAAUCAAAAGAGAAUAAUGGCAAACAACGAGCUAAGGAUCCCUCUGCAGACCCCAACGACUGGGUCAUCGAGCUUCUUGAAGGCUUGCUUCAAUGGCACAAAUGCAUUCCUAGGAAUUGGGCUUCUGACUGUUCCUUAUGCUCUCUCAAGUGGGGGAUGGCUGAGCUUGAUCCUCUUCUUCUUGAUCGCCAUUAUGACCUUCUACACCGGGAUUUUACUAAAGCGGUGUAUGGAGGCUGAUCCAUCCAUUAGAAGCUACCUUGAUAUAGCAGAGCGAGCCUUUGGGAUGAAGGGGAGGAUCAUAGUGAUGAUCAUCAUGAACUCUGAGCUCUACCUUGUUGCAAUAGGGCUUUUGAUACUGGAAGGGGACAACUUACAUAAGCUAUUUCCAAAGUUCAUGAUCAAGCUCGGGGAAUUGACUGCGGAUGGAAGACAGUCGUUCGUUUUGAUCACUGCCCUCAUCAUUUUCCCGUCAAUGUUGCUAACUGAUUUGAGCAUACUGUCCUAUGUCUCGGCCACCGGUGUGUUUUCUUGCCUUAUCAUCCUCGUCUCCAUUUUCUGCGUGGGUCUAUUCAACGGCGUGGGGUUUCAUGAAAAAGGAACACUUCUGAAUGUCAAGAGCCUUCCUACUGGUGUUAGCUUGUAUAUCGUCUGCUUCGCGGGACAUCCCGUUAUCCCUUCCAUAUACACUUCAAUGCGGAACACCUACCAGUUCAGUAAGGUUUUGUUGUUUAGUUUUGUCCUAACGACUUUCACCUACCUAGCAAUGGCCAUGGUGGGCUACCUUAUGUAUGGGGACAGAGUAGAAUCACAAAUAACUUUGAGCCUGCCAACCAGUAAAGUCUGCGCAGAGGUUGCAAUAUACACCACUUUACUUAUUCCAAUUACCCGAUACGCAUUGAUGGUAACCCCAGUAGCGACUGCCAUUGAAGGCGGGCUUUCAGAAAACUACAAGAAUCAGAGAACUGUUAGAUUACUCAUAAGAGUAGGAUUGCUGAUUAGUACUGUUAUUGUGGCCUAUGUAUUCCCAUAUUAUGAGUCCCUAAUGGCCAUUGUUGGAUCAAUUUUUGUUGUUUCGGCUUCUUUUCUGCUCCCUUGCCUGUGCUACUUGAAGAUUAAUUCUGAUUUGAGAUGGGGUUGGAACUGUGAGCAGAUGGGCAUUGUGGGGAUACUUGUAUUUGGAACUCUUGCUGGGGUUUUAGGGACUUAUUCAUCGGUUUAUGAUCUUGUAACAUGAUCAGUAUUGUUUCUCAAAACUGAAUGUUAGUUUAAGUACUGCUAAUACUUUGAAGAUGAAUGCCGAAAGCUUUUUGUGUUUUAAGUUCA